GCACUCCUCAGGUCAGGUCUCUGGGACUCGCGGGGCUGGCCAGGGGCCACCCUCUGGAGGACCAGAGCUGCCCGAUGAGAGGCGAUCAGAUGACCAGGAAGGACCCCUGUACUCCACUUCCAGCCUCCAAGUUGGAUUGGUUCCUGCUGAAAACAUGUCGGGGACUGACUUGGAAGCAUUAGCAGAGAUUGAAUUACGGAAAGACGAGGAAGCCUCCGUUUUAGGAGCACCAAGGAUGUCGCUUUUGCCUCCCCCAGCCUGUGAAGACUCUGCCCUGGGCAGGGACCAUCCCUACUAUGAUGUGGCCCGGCAUGGGAUCCUCCAGUUAGCAGGGGAUGAUAACUCAGGAAGACGAGUCAUCACCUUCAGCUGCUGCCGAAUGCCCCCCUCUCAUGAGCUCAACCACAGCCGCCUUCUGGGAUACCUGAAGUACACCCUUGACCAGUAUGUCGAGAACGACUACACCAUCGUCUACUUCCACUAUGGGCUGACGAGCCGCAACAAGCCGUCUUUCAGCUGGCUCCAAAGCGCCUACAAAGAAUUUGGCCGGAAGUACAAGAAGAACUUGAAAGCCCUUUAUGUUGUGCAUCCUACCAACUUCAUCAAGAUCCUGUGGGGCAUUUUCAAGCCCCUUAUUAGCCACAAGUUUGGAAAAAAGGUGACAUAUUGCAACUACUUAAGUGAGCUAAGGCAGCAUCUCAAGUAUGACCAACUAACGAUUCCUCCAGAGGUUAUUCGACACGACGAAAAGCUGCAGAACAUGAGGCUAGGCCGCCCGCCGCCCUCAGUGAAGACGCCUCCCCCUCGCCCUCCGCUGCCCACCCAACAGUUUGGUGUCAGCCUGAAAUACAUCAGAGACAAAAAUAAAGGUGAGCUCAUCCCACCAGUCAUGAAGGAGACUGUGACCUACCUGAAAGACAAAGGCCUCCGCUCCGAGGGCCUUUUCCGUCGAUCAGCCAAUGUUCAGACUAUCAAAGAGAUCCAGAGACUAUACAACCAAGGAAAACCGGUGAAUUUUGAUGAUUACAAUGAUAUCCAUGUCCCAGCCAUCAUCCUGAAGACAUUCCUUCGAGAGCUGCCCCAGCCGCUGCUGACCUUCGAAGCCUAUGAACAGAUCCUGGGAAUCAUCAAUGUAGAGAGCAGCCUGCGGGUGACCCGCUGCAAAGAGAUUGUCAGAGACCUUCCAGAGCACAAUUAUGCCGUUCUCAAAUACCUCAUGGGCUUCCUGCAUGUGGUAUCCCGGGAGAGCAUCUUUAAUAAAAUGACGGGCUCCAACCUGGCUUGUGUCUUUGGUCUGAACUUAAUCUGGCCAUCCAAAGGAGCCUCAUCCCUCGACGCCCUGGUGCCUCUUAACCUGUUCACAGAACUGAUGAUUGAUUUCUAUGAGAACAUCUUCAGCUCUCGAGUGGUGCCUUGUGGGACCUCGACUAUUUGA